AUGUUUUUCUUAUCCAUCAGAACGACGCUUUUCAUUCUCCUGUCGAUCACCCAUCUGACCGGACCUUCUCAAGCAUCAUGGUUCAGAUAUCCCUUCAAUCUACGUGAUGUUGACAAUUGCCCAACCUGCCACCCCUUGGGUACAGGAAGGCCUACCCAAUGGAGCGACUGGAAUUCUAGCGUCUCUUCAAGUGAUGAUACGACCACAAGUACCUCAAGCCCGGACUUGACAUCUUCAUCAAGUGCCAGCGCAGACACUAGCACCACAGCCUCAUCUAAUUCCGACCCUACGGUCGUGGCCACUUUUCCUACCACUGAGGCUUCAGUCGCUACAGUUAUUACCACUAUGACAGACCCAAUUUCCUCUGCCUUGUCGUCCACCUCUUCCUCCGCCGAGAGUUCUGCCUCUGAAGGAAUAAAUUCCUCUAGCAAUGACGCAGUCCCGUCAUCAAGUAGCACGAGGAAUGACUCCCUAAUGCCCACCAAUACCUCAUUAGCCUCAGAUGGGAAGGUUUCUACCACAUCUUCUGGUGCGAUAUCGUCAAGUGAGACUCAGGCUAGCUCAUCCUCUGAGACUUCGACUUCCGUUACCGCAUCUACUGCUUCCGUCACGGUGCCUAGUGCACAAAACAGCAGCAUCAUUACGAUCAGCUCUUCGGAUUCCGACAUUUCGACUGUAGGUUCCACUACGACCGCGUCCGACACCAAUGCCUCAACAGGCGCUCCUACUGAGAGCGGCAGUGCUACUAUGGUCAAUACAAGCUCUACCACAAGUUCGGUGAACAGCACUACAGCAGCUAUUGAUACCUUCUCAACAACCUCGACUGAGAGCUCUAGUGUUGGUGCUACAGGAGAUAGUAGUGCUCUCUCAACACCCUCCUCUUUAACCUCGCAGACUCACGCCAGCAGUGGGAAUAGCUCCUCAACCGUCUCGGGGGCAUCUUCCGAGACAACGGCUACCGAGAAGACUUCUUCUUCAAGGGGGAGCAUUGAUACUUUAUCAACUUCAGCAUCCCGGAAUGGGUCUACUAGCGGCGAUACCACAACUCUCCCAGGACUUGCAACCUCGCAGACUCAGUCCAUUGCUUCUUCAGAGUUUGCGACUGUAAGUUCCAGGAGCAGUGAAAGCAAUGAAGCGACGCAACCGUCGUCGCCAUCAUCAUCUGCCACUCAAGUUUCGGUUGUGACAUCAACAUCUUCGGGCACGAGCACCAUUUCGCGGAGCGACUCAACCUUUGUAACGAUUUUCGUGAACACGAUCACGACGAGUAUCGUUCACUUAUCCUCGUGGCCAGCCUCGUCACAAUUGAUAUCAUCUUCUCUAGUACCUGGUGGUUCCGUCACUCUGAGCAGUGUACAAACGUUGUCUACUUCGAGCUCUCUUUCCCCAAUGCUUACCGGCUCGUCGAUGUCGUGCCUGUUCGGCUUAAUUCCAUGGUGUGCCUCCAUGCCUACGACUAUGGCUGCAAGCACAGAGUAUUGCUUGUGUCCGUUUUGCUUCGAUGGCCUUCAAAUUUGUAGUGAGACCAAACCAGACGGCUCGAAUUGCCCCGCUGGAUGGUUGUGUUCUGUGACAAUGCCUCCUGGAGCGUCUACAAGUGUGGUUUACAGCCUACCAGAGGAGCUCACAUACGCAACCAGCACACCAACCAUCUGGAACAGCACACACGAGAUGGUCACGAGAACGGACAGUUCCUCAAGCAGUACCGACAUUACAUGGAUAGCUACACUAAAAACAAGCACGAAAUCUCUUGAUAAUGGUAUUCGUAUCGAAUUUCCCUCCUGGACUUGGAUAUGCAGAGGCCCUUUGUGCAAACCCGUGGGCCUCAAAGGGCUUGUCGAGUUUGCAGUCAAUCUCAUCAACUGUCUGCUCCCCCACACAUGCCACAAGCCAGACAACGGCGGCUGGGAGUGGCCACCAGUGCCUGUGAUCACUCCAUUUCCUCCCCCCAGUCUAUCCUGGAUGACCCAACCCAAGACAAUCACGGGUACUGACAGCGGUACCUCCGAACACUCCUCAACGGUAUCACCCUCAGGGUCUUCAUCGACUUCUUCAAGCUCAUGUUCGUCUUCGACGUAUUCGACUUGUUUCGUGGCGUGUAAUCAGUUGUCUAGCACCACCACUACUCAAACAUGUACCACAUCUUGCUCGGUUGUCACACAGUGCACAGGAAGAGCUGCUACCAUAACGACAACUUUGAACACAACGAGUACUGCAGAAGCUUGCACACUGAUCCCUUGGUGGAACAAUGCAAAUUUGUCAACUCAAAUUGCCUCCUGGAUUACCCAAUUCCCUCUGAUGGACUCAAACAUCACUACUGCAAACGAAACCACCACACCAAAUCCCACCACCCCAGCGUGCUCAGCUACUGUGUGGUGGAACAAUGCCAGCCUUUCGUCCCGAGUUGCAUCUUGGGUAACUCAAUUCCCUCCAUUCAGCGUCUCUCAGAUUGUAUCAAAUACAACCCAGUCCGAGUUCUCCAUCGCCAGCACGACCAUCAACAACUCUCCCACUCACACUCAAAGCACCAGCUCAUCAUCCACUCCUAGUAAACCCACAACUACUAGAUCGUCGACUGCCACAGACAAAUCUCCGACACAUGGUCCAACAUCUAUUAGCCAGAAGCCCAUGAUGACUAUCUCGACCGCGGCGAACGGCGAUGUCUUCAGUGGUAUUCUUGGGACUUCGGGGGGCAAAACUUCCUGGUUAUCUUUGACCCGCUUAGGUGAGCCGGUGACUAUUACAAGCACCGCCAGAAGCUUCAGCCAGGUGUCGGUAUUCACUUGUGGAGGGUGGAGAAAUCCAGGAGGUUCAUCUAGCUGUACAGCAACUCCUUCGCUGCAGACAGUGACAACCGAAGUACCGCCUCUAAGUGAGCUACGCACUCGUUGCGCCCAGUGGAACCCACGGCCGACCCCAUGUGUCACAAGUAUUCCUAGGGUGGGGCGAUCGGAAGAGGCCAUAGAUGUGUACGAAGAUUUCUGUAAGAGACUUGUCGAUAAGCACAUCAUCGAGUUCAACGAUAGGAAGGAGCCUCAUUUCGGGGACGAUUAUGUCCAUACGCCCGGCGAGUGCGCGCAGUAUGUUCAGAGAGAAAAGGAUCGGCCAGAGCAUCUAUACAUUGGAAUUGCCUACGAUCAAAAAGUAUGCGGCGAUAGUACCGUGUUCAGGGUGAAUGGUGUUAAUAUGACCGAAUAUGGAGUCAAACGAUGCAGGGAAAUGCUCGUGGGUGCGCUUUUAGGGAAGUGCGGAGAGCCCGCCAUAAAUUGGCAUGACUGCUUGCGCUUUGCCAUCUUCUGGGGGGAUGAGGAACACGGAGCUCCCGAGACUCUUCCUCGAAUUACGGUAUCCUGA